CAAUACUCGUACAAUUCAUAUUUCUUUCUUUCUUUAUUUAUUUAUUUAUACGUCUUCAAAACAUGUAACAGCUUUAAGUAAAAUAAAAUUGUAAUACAGUGAUUGUCUUCCACAAGGUACAAUACCUGUUAUUUAUUUAAUUGAUGCCGAAAAAGACGAAAGCAAAACUAAAUGAACAUCCAUUAAAAAAAAAAAAAUCUUUUUCUUUCCUAAUCCAGUAAUUUUCUGCGAACAAAAAAGUGAUUUCUUCAUCAGCUUCACCCGCUCCACCAUCCUUCACUGAGCAGUCGCAGCAAAUCCGCCCAUCAUAUACACGCACUUUCUUCUUUAUGUCAACUAAGCUCUCAACAGGUGCAAAUUAAAUCGUUAAGUCCGUGGAAUUAUGCCAAAUGAACAUCCGAGUAAGAAAUUAUGAGUGUGAUCAUCCGCUCAUCAAUCAAUCUAAAAUAGUGAUUAUGUAAACAUUAAUAACCCGAGCGAUAUUUUUAGUCACACGCGCUUAGCAAAUAUCAGCGCUGCAGGUGAUAUCUUUCAUCGUAAUCACUUGUAUAUAAAAAGGCCAUGUGCCAACGCAAUGUGGAUUUUACAAGAAAAGCACUUAUUAACAAACGGUCUUUUCAUGAUUUUCGAUUUGUCCACUUUAUACAAUUUACCGAAAUAGAAAUAUGGACUUGGAUUAUUUUUCGCAGACACCGCAAGGACAAUCUCAGCUAGCCUCAGCAUUGGACCACAAAGACACUAUUCUUUGGGACAACUAUAAAGAUUCUAUUGCAUGUCUCUAUGAAUACCUCCUCCAGUUAUUAAGGGAUAAAUUUUACUUGGAGAACCAAAAUGAGCUUCAAAGAAGGAUUGACUUUCUCGGCCAUGUUCACACUUAUUUAUCAAAUCCUGGAAAUUUAAAAUAUCUAACUCUCUCAGCUUCAUUCAUUCAUUAUACAAUCUCAGUUAUAAUUGAAACUAUACACAUUAUAGUUUGCCUAAAUAUAUGCAAAAAAGCUUUAAACUCUGGAAUUAUUCCAGCCAGUUGCAGAACACACAAUCAAAUGAAAAAUUUACUUUCAAUGGCCAAAGAUUUAGAGAAGCGUGUCUUUCACUUGGAGGAGUCUGUUGAAAAAGUUUGUUGCAAAACAAACACAGCAUCAAAUAUUCAGUCGUUAUCCAAAAUCAUGGAGCAAAUCAAAAACAUUAAAUCAAUUUUCAAAUAUUUGUCGAAAUCAUCUAUUCAAUUAGCUGAUAUUUUAACAAAGAAAGUUGAAAGUAAUUUACGGUAUUUUGACUGGAUGUCACUCUCUGUUUCUAUUCUCUGUGUAGGUCAAAUAAUUCAUUCUCUGGUAAUAAAGAAAGGCAACACAGAUUUAAGUCAACUAUGUCUCUGGUUUACAUGUGUAGGAUCAUCUGCUGUGGUUGUGCAGCUCCCUCGUAUGCAAUUUGGCCUCAUACGAAGUAUUUUCACCCAUCAUACAGAUGAAUACAACAAAUUAUCAAAACUGUUUCAAUUAGAAGUCAACAAAAAACUUUGAAAAAUUGGUACCUUUU